AGCAGAACCUGAAGGAUGUCCAGGAGAAGAUGUGUGGAGUUCAAGAUCUGCCAAACCAUCAGCUGCUCGGCUCCGAUCGGCCGCAGGAACAGACCGCCGUCUCCUGCUGCAGCCGCAGGAACCGCGGAGACGAUGGAAGACGAGGAGCGACAGAAGAAACUACAGGCCGGCAAAGCGAAGCUGGCCGAGUACCGUCAGAGGAAAGCUCAAUCCGAUGGCCAGAAGAAGCAGAAGAAGAAGAAGAAGAAGCCUGAAGCGGACGCAGAGGAGCAGAGAGAAGAUCAGACCACAGUGAUGUCUCUCUCUAAGACCCUGAGGAGCGGAGAAACAGUCACACACCAGCAGACCUACUCCAUCCAGCCCGAGAGUGAAGUGUCCACGACCGCUGAAGACUGCUCCUCUGAGGUAAAUGGUUUCCACGAGAGGACUUCCUGUGUGAUCGGGGAGGAAGAUCUGGAGGGGUUCGAAGCACACAUGGAGCCUCCGAGCCCCAGACAGGACGUGGAGGACGAGCUGGCCGCUAAGAGCCUGGCCCUGGAGGAGCUUAGGAGUGAGCUGGAGGACAUCAGGUUUGGAGCUGAAGGGGUGCAGCAGCUGCAGGACUUUGAGGAAGCGCUGAAACAGAGGGAUGAAAUCAUCACGCAGCUCACCUCCAAUCUGCAGCAGGCUCGAACCGAGAAGGAGGAGGUGAUGAGGGAGUUUCUGGAGCUGACGGAGCAAAGCCAGAAGCUCCAGCUUCAGUUCCAACAGCUUCAGGCCGGUGAGAUAAUGCGUAGCUCCAACAUCAGCUCCACCGCUGCAGAUCUGCUCCAGGCCCGUCAGCAGAUCACGCUGCACCAGCAGCAGCUGGACGAGAGGGACGCACAGGUCAGAGGUCACCAGGAGAAGACGCAGGAGCAGCUUCUAUUGAUCACGCAGCUCCAGGAGAGUCUGAGUGAAGCAGAGAGGCUCCGCACACAAGCUGAAGAAUCGUUUGCUCAGAGUUUACGAGAAAAGGACUCCCUGAAUACUGAACAUCAGCGUCUGAUAACACAGCUUCAGGAUCAGCUUCUGUCUUCCAAACAACAAGUGGAGGAAGUCAACAAACAUCUGUCAGUGAAAACCCAAGAGCUAGACGCCUGCGAAAAAGAGCUGUCCGCGUCCAGACAGAAAGAGCGCAUGUCGUCCGGAGAAAUCCUGCAGCUGAUGAAGAGCGUGGAGGAGCUCCAGCAGCGCUGCCAAUCAGAGAGACUCGAGGACGACUGGAGAUGCCGGAUGGAGACGCUGAGAGACGAACUGGACGAGAUGUACGGUCAGCAGAUCGUGGAGAUGAAGCGGGAGCUUCGCACGCAACACACGACAGAGCUGGAGCGAAUCCAAGCGCAGCACUGCUCAGAAACGGAGAAGAUGGUCCAGCAGCAUCAGUCAGAGCUGGAGAGGUGUAAAGCUCAGCUGUUCCAGAGCACCGGAGACGCCAACGUGCUAAACGUGAAGCUCGUCGAGCUCCAGCAGAAGCUACAGGAGACGCUAGUGUUGCGAGAAAAGGCAGAGCAGGAGCUAGCGCAGACGAGAACAGAUAAACUAAGUCAGGCGCAAGAGUUGGAGCGUUUGCGCGACGAGCUGCAAAGAGCAGAAAUACAGAGCCCAGAGGAAAUACAACACGCUGUUAGCGACCUGCGGGCGCAGCUAGAUUCGGCGCACAAAGCCAACGGAGAACUAGAAGCCAAGCACGAAUCAGAAAUCACCAACUAUAAGAUCAAGCUAGAGAUGCUAGAGCGGGAGAAAGACGCGGUGCUAGACCGCAUGGCCGAGUCGCUGGAGUCCGAGCUGGAUCACUUGAGAACGCAGCUGUUGUUCAGCCACGAGGAGGAGCUCUCACGACUCCGAGACGACCUCACACGGGAAAACCAGCUCAACGCGGAGAACCUGCGCGACGAGAUGGACACGAGACACCGCGAGGCUCUGGACCAGCUGCGUUCGGUGGAGAGCGAGAGAGCGGCGCUAGCUUCAGAGAGACUCGUGCUGCUCCAGGACAUCGCCCGCCUUUCCUCCGCCAACGAACAGAUGUGUGCGCGACUGAACGAGCUUCAGGACGAGAUCGAGAAGCAGAGAAACACCUUCUCCUUCGCUGAGAAGAACUUCGAGGUGAACUACCAGGAGCUGAAGGACGAGUACACGUGCCUCGUGAACGCUAAGCUACAGCUCGAGCGGCGCUUGGAACGUGAGACGGAGGUCAGAGGUCACGAGGAGGUGGACGGGAAGACGCUGAUGGAGAAACACACCACAGAGCUGAUGGAGAAGCUGGAGACGGCCGAGAAGGAGAAGAAGAGCUUGACCGAGCAUCUCUCGCUGAUGGAAGCGGAGCUGGAGACGCUGAAGAGAGGCAGAGAUGAAGAGCUGGGGUCUGAAACACAUCUCCACGAGUCCUCGUCUCUGACAGCAGCACACAUGAGGAGCGAGAGAGACACCGCACACACAGCAGCGCAGGAGGAACAGGUGUUGAUGGGAGUCUCGCUCAUGAUGCAGCCGCAGGAAAUGGACGGCUCUGAUCAUGAUGAGUGUCGUCUGCAGCUGGAGGCUCAGCGCAUCAGUCUGUCUCAGAUACACACCGCUCAGCUCGAGCUGCUCAGAGAGAGUCUGUGUGAGCAGACACCGGAGGAGAUGAGGAGAGACGACGGUCAGCGCGCAGGUUGUGUUUCUCCUGUUCCUGCGGAGCUCAAGGCAGAGUCUGAUGAGUGCUCUGAGCGUCUGGAGAUCGAGCGGCUGAAGAGCUACUAUCAGCAGCAGAUGGAGGAGACGCAGGAGCGCUUCACGGCCCAGAUCCUCCUGCUGCAGAGCAGACUCCAGGAGCUCACAGGAGCCGGAGAGGUCUUCAGCAUGCCGAGCGUCUGUCCGCCGCAGACGAGAGACGAGCAGCGUGACCCUCUUCAGGAGGAGAGACUGAGAGGAGUGUGUGGUCUGGAGGAGCCUGAGCUCAGACGUCUGGAGGAGGAGAUCUCCAAGGUGAUCGUGCAGAUGUCGGUGGAGUUCGCCCAGCAGACCGAAGAGACUCGGAUCAGCAGACAGAGCCGAGAGACGAGCGCUGGCACACAGACGGACAGCAGAGAGGAAGAGGAGGACCCACUGAUGAAGUCUCCUGAAGAAGAGCACAGACCACAGGAGGAUGAGGAGGAGUGUCUCAGAGCGUCACACACACUUCAGCUGGAGCAGAACACACUCCUGACGGCUCAGAUACACACUCUCACCCAGCAGCUCCUGCAGACGGAGCUGGAGCUGAAGCAGACCGAGAGACACCGAGAUCAACACCUGCUUCCCAGCAUGCAAAGCUGCAGCACGCAGACGGAGCAGACGCAAGAGGAGGAAGAGGAAGAGGAGGUCAGAGGUCAGGGAAGAGCUGUGACCGUGGAGCCAGAGCUCUCGUCUGAUGAGGUCAUCACUGAGAGGGAUGCUCUGUGUCUGGUGAACACUCGUCUGCGUCAGGCUCUGCUCGAGGUGCUGAAGACCACCGCUGCGGUCGAGGAGACCAUCGGCCGUCAUGUGCAGAGGAUCCUGGAGGAGUCCAGCGAGGGUCAGGACACAGACGUGUCCCCUGAGGGUUUCCUCAGCAGAGAGACCAAGAGAGACGAAGAGCUGGAGCUGUGGCUGAAGAUCCAGGGGGCGGAGCUACAGCUACAGGGGGCGGAGCUCCCGCCGGAGGGGGAGGGGUUUCUGAUGAGCAUCAGCACACGACUGCAGAGCGCUGUGGAGAAGCUGCUCAUCACCAUCACUGAGACCAGCACUCAGCUGGAGCAUGCUCGGAUCACACAGACGGAGCUGAUGAGGGAGAAGUUCAGACACAGUGAGGAGAUGGAGGAGCUGCAGCACAGACAGGAGGAGCUCCAGGAGCGACUGUGUGAGGAGGAGAGAGCAAGAGAACAACUGGCACUGGAGCUACACACAGCUGAAGGAGUGAUUGACGGCUACAGCGGCGAGCGUCUGGCGCUGGAGCAGCAGAUCCGCGAGCGAUCCGAGCUACAGCUGCAUCUGGAGCAGGAGCUGUGUGUGACCGCUAGCCGUCUGCGUGAACUGGAGCAGGAGCGUCUGCAGAUUCACCACGAGCACGAGCUACUGUCACGCCAGCAGGACGCCAUGAGAGAGGGGGCGGGGCCUCGAGAGCUGCGACUAGUUGAGGCUGCUCUUGACGCAGCACCUGAAGCAGACCUGCUGGAGGAGACAGAGAAGCUGAUGGCGGAGAAGGUGGAGGUGCAGCGUCAGGCGCAGAAGGAGAGCAGCGAGCUGCUGCAGCAGGUGAAGCAUCUGGAGGCGGAGCUGGAGGAGCAGGUGAGCCGUCUGCAGGAGCUGCAGGAGACGCACAGCGCAGAGACGACCGACCUGAGGCAGCAGAUACAGGCUUUAGAGAAGCAGCUGGAGAACAACCGCAAGUUCAUGGACGAGCAGGCGGCGGACCGGGAACAUGAGCGAGAUGUCUUUCAGCAGGAGAUUCACAAACUGGAGCAGCAGCUGAAGAAUCCCACCAAAACACAGACAGGAAGUGACCGACGGGACAGAGAGGUGCAGGAGCUGAGCGCGGCGCUGCAGGAGAAGGCAGACUGGUGCAGUGAGCUGUUGUUGAGCUCGGAGCAGCUGCAGAGAGAUGUGUGUGAGAGAGACGAGGAGAUCGAGACGCUGGGAGCACGUCUGAGGGAGCUGGAGCACACACUCAUGCACAGGGUGGAGGAGGUCCAGCAUGUGUCUAUGGCGAGCAGAGCAGACGUCACACUGGAAGCACAGCUGCAGACAGAGAGGGAGGCUCUAGACAGGAAGGAGAAAGAGCUGGUGAAUCUGGAGGAGCAGCUGGAGCAGUUUCGUGAGGAGCUGGAGAACAAGAGCGAGGAGGUGAAUCAGCUUCACAUGCAGCUGGAGAUCCAGAGGAAGGAGAUCAGCGUCCAUCAGCAGGAUCAGGCCCGGCUCGCUCAGGUGUUGGAGGAGAAGGACAGGCAGAUAGCCGUCCUAAACGAGCAGCUCGUUAAGAGUCCGCACACGGGAACAGACCCUGAGAAAGAGGCGGAGGAGGAGAAGGACGAGCUUCUGCGAGAGAUGGAGGCGCAGGUGGAGUGUCUGAGGAGCGAGCAGGAGCGUCUGAAGAGGGACAGCGAGGAGGAGGUGGAGCAGCUCAACGCCGUCAUCGAGAAGCUGCAGCAGGAGCUGACACACAUCGAGCUCAAGCAGCGUCAGGACGAGAGCGAGGAGAUGAAGCAGAGGAUGGAGGAGUCUCUGCGAGAGAAGAGCGCUGCGCUCGUGGUGCUGCAGGCCCAGGUGCAGGCGCUGGAGGAGAGCGCGGGGUCACAGGUCACCAGCUUGAGUCAGCGGGUGGAGGAGCUGGAGACCAGCCUGGAGCAGAAGGACUCAGAGCUGCACACAUGCAGGUUGAAGGUGGAACAAGCGCAAACGGACGCCGACGCUCUGUACGCUAAAGUGACUCAGCUGGAGGAGAAACUCAGGGAGAAGGUGGCCGCUGUUCUGGUCUGUCAAGCACAACUGGAAGCCAUCCAGACACAAACCAAAGAGCUCCGCGCUGAGGCCCACGCAGGAGAAGCCAUGGGCCCCAGCACGCAGCAGCGGUCGGAGGGCCUCACGGCGCAGGACGGAGCCUCCACAGGGAAGACGAGUCUGCUGACGGAGAAGCUGACGGAGCUGGAGGAGGGUCUGAGCGGGAUGCAGAAGGACCAGGAGCUGCAGAAACAGCUGUUGAGCAGUUCUGAGGAGGAGGUGAUGGAGUACGAGCGGAGGUUAGCUGUGAUGAUCGACCUACUGAACCACAUGAGAAGCAGACCUUCCCAUCACAGACUGGUGUCCGGUGAGGCCAGCCAGUCGCUGUCAGAGCAGCUGCAGGAGGUCAAAGGUCAAGCUGCGUCCACUCAAGAGGAGCUGAGCUGCUACAGAGAACUGAGCCACAAGCUUCAGGAGGAGAUGGAGAUGAAGGAGAGCAUGAUCACACAGCUCCAGACGGCCCUCAAUCAGGUCUCGGCGAGCACGCGUGAUGAAGACGCUGCUCAGCUGCUCCAGGAGCUGCAGGAGGUCAGAGGUCAAGCGAGCAGCAGACUGCAGGAGCUGGAGAGCAGCAGGGAUCAGAGCGUCAGACUGCAGGAGCUGCUACAGGAGCGAGAGAUGAGCAUCGCUCUGCUGAAGGAUCAGCUGCACCGGGCCUCACAGGAGGGCGAUCGGUCCACGGCCGAGCUGCUACAGGAGCUGCAGGAGGUCAAAGGUCAAGCGGCCGCCACCAAAGAGCAGCUGAGGAGCUUCCAGGAGCGCAGCCUCAAACUGCAGGAGGAGAUCGAGGUCAGAGACGCCUCCAUCGCUGAGCUGAAGGACACGGUUCAUGAGCUCCAGACCGCUUUGGCCAGAUCCAGCGAGGAGCCGGCCCAGCCCAGACAGAAAGGAGACGUCCGAGAGCCUCCUGGGAUGGACAGAAGCACAAGGAAAGAGCAGCAGGAGCUGAUGCUGGGAUACGAGGAGAAGAUCGCACAGAUGCAGGAGCUGCACGCGGCUGAGAUCCUGGACAUGGAGUCCAGACACAUCUCUGAGAGCGAGAGUCUGCGGAGAGAGAGCCAGCGUCUGGAGGACGAGUGUGGAGCGCUGAGAGAUGCCAUCCACACCCUGCAGAGGUCACAGGCUCCAUCAGUGAGGUCUGAACGUCCAGACGUCUCUCCGAUUAAAGAUGGAUACACCAGCGACAGCGGUUCAGACUGGAGUCAGCGAGCAGGUUAUGAUCCGCACCGCAGCACACCUGAAGGAGCGCGCCGAGACACGGACACAGAGCUCCUGCCCGACACCAUCAAGAGUCUGCUGCGUGAGGUGCAUCAGGAGGGCAUGCAGGUGCUGUCUCUGACCGAGCUCCCGCUGACCGAAGCUGAUCCACCUCCUCAGAGCAGAGAGAGAGAAAACACCGGCCUCAUCAACACCAUCCAGUCUCUACAGCUCCUCAUCAGCACACUGCACACACACACACAGCUGGAUGUGGACUGGAGAGCGGAGCUGCUUUCAGCCGUCCAGCAGGUGUUUGUUCAGGAGCGAGACGUGCUGAAGAACCUCUUAUACUCUCAUCUGGAGCGACUGGACACGGCUGACGCGGUCACUCAUCUCACGCAGCUGGAGCGAGCGCUAGCGGAGCAGGACGCGAGGCACAGGGGGCUGAUGGGAGCGCUGAGCGACGCGGACAGAAACAGCCUGCGCUCAGAGAUCCAGCAGCUCAGAGAUCAGCUGCACACACUCACAGCAGAGCAAACACAGCGCCACCAUCAGGACAGAGCCGGAACCCAGAGCGGGAGGCUGCUUGAAACGAUGAGGGUCGAGUCCGGCUCUGAUGGACUGGAGGAGAUGAAGACUGAACUCAGCCGCACUAAACUAGAGCUGGAGAACACUCUACAGUCACAACACACACACCUGAAGGAGCUGCACACACUCCGGGCGGAGGUCUCCCUGAAGGCCGCUGAGGUGGACACACUGAAUGACAGACUGUCUCUGGAGCAGAAGAGAGUCAGAGAGCUGCAGUGGGCGUUCGAGAAGGAGAAACGCAAGUCUGACAGGAAGCAGGAGAGCGAGCGAGAGGAAGUGGAGGAUCUGAAGCUGUCUGUGGAGGAGCUGUCGAGGGCUCUGGAGAAAGAGAGACAGGUUUCAGCUCGACUCCGAGAGCAGGAGCUCAGAGGUGCUCUGGAGGAACAGAAGGAGAUGAACACACAGACGAGCUCCACCUCGAACCCUCAUGAGUCACAGAUGAUGGAGGAGCUGGAGAGACACAAGCUGGAGGCGCUGCAGUGUAAACGACAGUGGGACGAGGAGAAGUCCACCCUCAUCCAGGACCAGAAUGCACUGCGGGCGACAUGUGACGUCCUGGAGAGACGGGCGAGAGAGCUGCAGACAGAGCUGGAGAGAGAGAGACACAGACUCCAGGAGAGCCACAGAUCAGAGGAUCGAACCCGGGACUGGGUGUUGCAGGCGGGAGAGUCUCUGUGUGAGGGUCAGAGGUCAGACCCCAGCAUCCUCAGCAGACUGCAGCUCAUUGCCGAGAAGAUCCACAGCCUGACCAGAGAAAGCCCAGACAGGUUAUCUGGGGAAGCGCCGGACCGGGACAGUCUAGCAUGGCUGCACAGUAAUGUACAGGAAGUGAUGUCACUGUUACAGCGUAUCCCAUCAGCCCCCUCUGCUCUCCCGGAGAGCGCCGCUCUGCUGGCCGGAGGAUCGUCCAGUCUGCUGAACGAGCGAUUACUCAGACAGAACGCAGAGCUCACGGGAUUCGUCAGCAGACUGACGGAAGAGAAGAACGACCUGCGAAACCAGUUACUGAAGCUGGAGGAGGAGCUGCGCAGAUACAGAGCGAAGAAAACCACCGCCGAGAGCAGCUGGAUGGGUGCUGGUGCUGAGCGUCAGGAGCUGCUGGUGUUCUCCAGCGAACGAGACUCGUGGACUCAGGAGAGGAAUCGUUUGGAGAAGUGUCUCCGUCAGGCCGAGUCCGAGCUGAGCCGUCUGAGAGCAGAGAAUCGCUCCGAAACACUGCGGGAUCUGACCGGAGCCGAUCCGGACACCACGGCCCUCAGGAGGAUGUAUGGGCGGUACCUGCGCUCCGAGGGCUUCCGGAAGGCCCUGAUCUAUCAGAAGAAGUAUCUGCUGCUGCUGCUGGGAGGCUUUCAGGAGUGUGAGCAGGCCACGCUGUCUCUGAUCGCCCGCAUGGGCGGCUUCCCUUCACACACCCGUCUGGAGCCUGAGAGCCGUCAGAGCAGGGGCUUCACUCGCUUCAGAUCAGCUGUGCGCGUCUGCAUCGCCCUCUCCAGGAUGAGGUUCCUGGUGAAGCGCUGGCAGAGAGCCGCUGGAGGAAGUGUGGCGUCUCAGAUCACCAGCAGAAACGGUCUCGCUCAGAUCUCUGAUGUGAGGAGCGACUCGUCGUAUCUUCAGCCCGGCGCUCUGGAGGUGUUCAGAGAGAGACGAGCGUCCAGCCGAGGACGCACAGGACGAGACUCGAUCCAGCACAGGCUUCACUCGGUGGCCGGUGACGGAGGUUUGGCGUGUUCACACCUGCAGAACUACGACCCUGACCGCGCUCUGACCGACUACAUCUCUCGUCUGGAGGCUCUGCACAGACGUCUGGGGAGUGUGACCACAGGUUCCUCUUCGUACGCUCAGAUGUUUGGAGUCAGACGAUGAAGCUCUUGAUUCACACUGAUACUCGCUUGCCUUCUCUUAUAAACCUGUACUGCUCUGUGGGACCAAACCCAGGCACGUGUGUGUGUGUGUGUGUGUGUGUGUGUGUGGUUCUCCUUCAUCUGUUGCUCAAGGACAGCGAUCGUGUUCCUGUAUGUGUGGAUUAUUGGUCAGAAACACUAAUGAAGCAUCUCAUCAAGGCUUCGGGCUCGCCUCGUUCUCAUCAGGUGUUUUAUUCUCUCGCUCUAUUUUUGUAAAGGAAGGAGCUUUGGAUUUUAUGGGUAUUUUGUCUGAAAUAAAAAUUAAUAUAAUAUUUGAAAAA